ACUUUAUGCAUCACACCAAAAUCCUCGGCGACAACCAGCGACGAAGAAGGAGAUCGAAACCAAGGAAGAAGAGGAUGGUGAAGGAAGCAUAGUGACAAGCCAUUCCACUUCCUUCGUCAAUCUUCUUCUUCGAUCGUGUUCUUGAUCCUUUCGUUGCUCCAUCCAUGGGUUUGCUGAGUUACACUAAAAAGAAAAGCCAAAAGGUUACCCAUUACUUGUGCUGUUGCAAAUUGUCGAUCGCCAAGUGGAACAAGGAUGACAAGAUACCCAAGGAAGAAAGGAAGAGUAAGAGGAGAAAGACAGCCAAGGACAACGAGGUGAAGAAGAAGAAUGACGAGGGAAAUAAGCCCUUUUUCUGCCUGCAAAAGCAGUCGAAUAAGGGCGAGAAGAAAAAGAGAAAGCGACUGCUUUUCGGAAAAAAGAAGGCAUCGAAGCUGUCGAUGGAACAGAGGAGGAAGAAGUUUAAGAAGUUUUGGAGGAGGAGGAAUAAGGCGCAAAAGAAGGCAAAUCUCAUAUCGCUCGUUAAAAGCAUCUCAUUCAAAUCCGAUAGUGGCAAGCAAAGGUUUGCUGCUGAGGAAAUCCUACGCAUUGGAAGCGAAAAUAUUGCAGCUCGUGUGUUUACAUUUAGAGAACUGGCAACGGCCACCAGAAAUUUCAAUCCUGAAAACUUAGUUGGCGAAGGUGGAUUCGGGAGGGUGUACAAAGGACAGCUUAAAUCCUCAAAUGAGAUUGUAGCAGUUAAGCAACUGGACAGAAAGGGAUUUCAAGGAAACAGGGAGUUCCUCGUCGAGGUCCUCAUGCUCAGCCUGCUCCAUCACCAAAACCUUGUGAAAUUGCUCGGCUAUUGCACUGACGGAGAUCAAAGAAUCCUUGUCUACGAUUACAUGCCGAUGGGUUCACUGGAGGACCAUUUAUUCGAUUUAGGACCCAAUGGCAAAGCUCUGGACUGGCACACGAGGAUGAAAAUCGCGGCGGGAGCGGCCAAGGGACUCGAGUACUUGCACGAGAUCGCAACCCCGCCGGUGAUCUAUCGAGAUUUCAAGGCAUCGAACAUCCUUCUCGAUGAGAAUUACAACUCCAAGUUGUCGGAUUUCGGACUCGCCAAGGUAGGCCCGAUGGGGGAUAACAGUCAUGUGUCCACCAGGGUGAUGGGCACCUACGGCUACUGCGCGCCGGAGUAUGCUCUGACGGGCAAAUUGACAAAGAUGUCCGACAUUUACAGCUUCGGAGUCGUGUUCUUGGAGCUGAUCACCGGAAGGAGAGCGAUCGACAUCACCAGACCCAAGCAAGAGCAGCACUUGAUCAACUGGGCGGAACCACUGUUCAGAGACAAGAGGAAGUUUGAGGCGAUGGUCGAUCCAGUUCUGGAGGGCAAGUACCCGAUGAAGGGUCUGUACCAAGCAGUUGCUGUGGCUCAAAUGUGCCUGCAGGAAGAGGCCACAAUUCGCCCGCUCAUUAGCGACGUCGUGACGGCUCUCGAACACCUCGCCAAUCCCAAGAACGACGACACUAACGCUCCCAAUCUCUAGCGAUCGAGGCGCAUGGGGGAAGUGUCGAAUAAAUAGUUAACCAGAAUUUGACUGCACGAGAUGUAAAAUACAGAAACUAUAUUAUCAUUUCAGUUGUAUUUACUGCGUCUGCAAUAUCUUGUGUGCAUUUAUUUGUGCCGAACGUGUUUUUGUAUGUCG